CUAGCGAGUCUGACCCCGGCUUGAGGAGGGCUGUUCCUCUGACAGAAGAUAAAAUCCUUGGUCUAGUUUCUGCAGCGUGCUAGGGUGUCCCCCCUCUCCAUGUGUGGUCCCUAAUGGGCGGCUGGUCUCGCAGUGCCGUGCUGGAGCUGUACCGGGCGCUGCUCCGUGCAGGGCGUCACCUUCAGUACACCGACCGUAAUUACUACCGUCACGCCGUGGCUCGCGAGUUUCGCCGCUGCCAAGCCCUGACGGUAGCUGAAGAUAAGGAGGACGCACUGAAGAGGGGCCAGUUCUUCCUCAACAGCCGAUUGGGCGGUCUUAUGUAG